UUUUUGUUUUCGGUUUAACACUUGUUUUUUAGACUUCCUCUCUGAUUUUAUUAAAGUUAUUUUUGUAAUCAUGCUUGGUAACCUUAUGUUCAAACGUAUUUGGGUGCCAAAGAAAUUUACUGGCUCCAAACGUUUUGUGUCAUUGAAGAGAGCAUUUACGUCGUUCACAAAAGAGACAAAGAAACCAAAAGAAGAGCCUGAAAAUGUUAAAAUUAUCUAUAAAUUGCCGGAGGUUAUUCAAAAAAUUGAAAAUAAUUCUGAUCGCAAAUUUAAAGAGGUGGUGGAUAGACUUAAGGGAGAGAUUAAUGGAAUUAGAGGAGAGGUGGUAGGAAUUAAACAGUUAAUUUGUCUCCAUAUGGCAAUUACACUGUUUCAUUUUAAGCUUUAUUUUGAUCUUUCUCAAAAGCAACAAACAUCUGACUCAAAACUAUUUGGUGAAUUUCUCUCUCGCGUGAACUGA